AUGGAUGAAGAAUUCGCUUUUAAAACUAUCUCUGAGAAAGAGGACCAAAAGAUUGUACAAAAUCAAGUUACAAUUCUUAAAGAAUUAUAUGAUUGGCAAAAUAUCAUAAAAUUUUAUGGAAUAACUUACGAUGGAAAUAAAUGGUAUUUGGUGACUGAAUGGGCCGAAUAUGGAAAUUUGCGUGAAUUUUAUCAAAAUAAACAUGAUUUUGAACUUAAAUUAAAAUUACGUAUAUCUCUUGAUAUUGCUCGUGGAUUAAAUUUUUUAAGAACCGUAGAGAUUAUUCAUCGAGAUAUUAGGGCUGAAAAUAUAUUAAUUACACUUAAUGAGACAGCAAAACUUGCAAAUUUUAAAUUAAGUCGUUAUUUAACUGGUUCUUCAAUAAAUCAAAGCCAAAAUUUAGAACGAGUUCGUUAUUGUGCACCUGAAUUGUUAGAAAGAGCUCCAAAUUACAAAUAUGAUCAAAAAUGUGAGGUUUAUAGUUUUGGAAUAUUACUUUGGGAAAUAGCUGAAAAAAGAAUUCCAUAUCAGGGUAAUGAUGAUAUUUUGGAUAUAACUGAUAAAGUGCGUAAUAAAAUGUAUAGAGAACCAUUUUCUGCAAUUAGUCAAAUGCCAGAUAAAUUCAAAGAAUUACAAAUUGAUGGUAUGUAA